AUGGUGUCCCGGGGGAAGGAGGAGGAGGCGGCGGCGGGGUGGGAAGGCGAGAAGGAGGGGGAGAUCGACUACGUGUUCAAGGUGGUGGUGGUGGGCGACUCGGCGGUGGGCAAGACGCAGCUGCUGGGGCGGUUCGCCAAGGACGAGUUCUUCCUCGACUCCAAGUCCACCAUCGGCGUCGAGUUCCAGACACGAACCCUCACCCUCCACCGCAAGCGCGUCAAGGCCCAAAUCUGGGACACCGCCGGCCAGGAGAGGUACCGGGCGGUGACGAGCGCCUACUACCGCGGCGCGCUGGGCGCCAUGGUGGUGUACGACGUGACGCGGCGGUCGACGUUCGACCACGUGCCCCGGUGGGUGGAGGAGCUCCGCGCCCACGCCGACGGCUCCACCGUGGUCUCCCUCGUCGGCAACAAGGCCGACCUGGCGCCGGCGCACCGCCCGCGCGAGGUGACCACCGACGAGGCCGCGCAGCUGGCGGAGGAGCAGGGGCUCUUCUUCUCGGAGGCGUCAGCGCUGACGGGAGACAACGUGGAGCGCGCCUUCAUGGCGCUCCUCGAGGAGGUCUUCGCCGUCGUCUCCCGCCGUGCGCUCCAGCUCGACGAGGCGCGGCGGGAGCGCCACGGCGGCGACGGAGGUGGUGAGGGCGUGGUGCUGUCGCUGAAGGGAACCACGGUGGAUUUGAACGACCCUAUCAUGGAGACCAGCGCCAUGAAGAAGAGCCCCUCCUCGCAGUGCGCCUGCUCGUGACCGACGACUAGCCGUUGGUUUCUUGUGUUCGUCCUGAUGGUGUUGCGAGACACUGCAGCUAAUUGUAAAGAUUAAUCGUUGUUCAAUGCAAAGAAGUUACAGACAUCACACCUUGGAUUGGUGUGCAUAUGUAUACACGCGUGCGAGAAGAAAUGGUGGAAUUCUUCGUCCGUGACAGUGUGAUCUGCCAUUGAAUUGGGGAAGCUCAUUUUCCCUACAAAACCAGUAUAGUUCGGUCUACAUAUUA